UCCUACAGCAGGUUGUUGCCGAGACUGUCAUGUGCUGUGGCAAAGGGAUGUCGUCAGCCACACGGAAAGCAGCUUUCAUGCUCCUGACUGAUGUGGGAACCACCAUCCAGAAGCAACUUCAAUGCUCCCCGGAAGACACGGUGCGACACAGCAUGAAGCUCUUCCUGGCUGGCUUGGUUGGCUCUCCUGCUCUGGCAAAGAAUUCCAUAGUUGCCAUCACAUCCCUCACAUAUCAGUUUAAGAGUAUCAUCCCAAAGGAUGUGCUAGAUCUUCUGAUGAACAACAUGUGUAUCCAACUCCUAUGCAAGUCAAGAGAGAUUGUGGGAGCUUGCUUGUCCUUCUUCUUGGCCACUCUCUCAUUCCUUCCAGUCCCAGUUAUGUCUGAAUAUUUUGAGAACAUCUUCAAGACCCUCUGCAAAAUAGACCCUGACACCCAGCGCAAAUUCCGCAGAAGAAUGCGUGACAUUCUAAGCAGACUUGUGAGGAAGUUUGGCAGCGAUCGCCUCAUGGCAAUGGUACCACCGGAAAACGGCAUCUUACAGAACGAAUACGCAAUCUCCGACAACAUUUUGGAUCUCCUUGACCCAUCGGCCGGCCAAGCAGUGGCUUUCCCAAAAGACCCAAGUUGA